GGAAGACACCAACAAAAACAGCAAUAGUUAGCUUGUUAGCCAGAUUAAUAUAUUUUUGCUGGUUAACGACAGCGCACAUUGGGUACAGUAACGUAUCAUUAAUUAGCUAGUCUACUCGUCUGUUUGUCAUACUGUGAGUUAGCUAGCCAGGUAAUGUUAUAAAGUAAUUUUUCACGACCGUGAAAACUGCCUGACCUGUUUACAUUUUGGACAGAUGUGGCUGGCAAGUUCGUCGUGGUGACACAGCCCAACAAUGUCAGGAAAUAUUAAAGAUAAAGAAGCUUUUCAGAGACUAAACUUUCUUUAUCAGGCAGCGCACUGCGUCUUGGCUCAGAACCCGGAGAACGUGGAGCUGGCACGCUUUUACUGCUUUACCCAGAAAACUAUUUCUAAGCGUCUGGUGUUGAGACAGGAUCCCUCAGUAAAAAGAACAUUAUGCAAGAAAUGCUACUCUGUGCUUGUGCCUGGAAUCACUGCAACUGUAAGACAGAGAAGGAGCAGAAAUCGGGAGUGUACGACACUGGUGAGGUGUGUCAGCUGUGGCCAGACCAAGAGAUUCCGUAACGAUCCACAUCACCGGCUCUGGGUGGACCAACCCGAGGCCCAACUGGAGAACCAAUCACGGCCAGAACGAGGGUGCUCCUCAACAGCAGCGCUAAAAGGGGCAGAAGCCGGCGGGCAUGCUACCUCACAGAAACCGGGCCAUGCCUCAAAGCCCAAGACUUGAUCGCUGCUGCCUUCCUGCAUUCUUCCAGAAACACAAGAAAAUGGGACGUGUACACAAAAAUAUCACUGGUGCCAAUCAAG